CUGCAAAAUGUUGAGUUUGUAACAAAUCCUUCACUGUGUCUCUCUCCUUAAAUUACACCUGGGUUUCUUUCUCAUCUUUUGAAUAAAAAAUUUCUUUUUUUUUUCUCUCUCUUUGGGAAAUAACUACUUGGGCUUGAUUUUAGUAUCUUUGGAAAUGGGUUGCUCUUCUCUCUCUAGUUACCCAAAUGCUAAAAAUAGACACUUUCGACUUCUAGUGUUGGGUUCUCAAUAAAACCCCCAUCUUUCAAGUUUUGACAUAAUGCUUACGUUCUAAGCCCUCUCUCUCUCUCUCUCUCUCUCUCUCUAGGAUCGUCAUUUUUGGUGGGUUUUGCUUUGAUUUGAUUCUCUCUCUAAGAUGGGGAAGGCUACAAGAUGGUUGAAGGGUCUAUUGGGGAUGAAAAAAGAGAAGGACCCAUCUGGGAUUUCGAAUUCCACGGCGGUCGCCGGCGCCGGCGACAGAAAGGAGAAGAAAAGGUGGAGCUUUGCGAAGUCCGGCAGGGAUUCCGGCCACCCAAUUCAAGCCUCUCCUCUGCAGGACUCUGCUUGGUUGAGAUCCUACAUUUCUGAUUCGGAGAAAGAGCAGAACAAGCACGCAAUUGCGGUGGCCGCUGCCACCGCCGCCGCCGCAGACGCCGCCGUGGCGGCGGCUCAGGCGGCGGUCGCCGUCGUCAGACUUACAAGCCAGGGAAGAGGGUCUCUGUACAUCACCGGAAGAGAUAGAUGGGCAGCUGUGAAGAUUCAAACAGUAUUCAGGGGCUUUUUGGCUAGAAAGGCCCUGAGAGCUCUUAAAGGGCUGGUUAAAUUGCAGGCUGUGGUGAGGGGAUUUCUUGUGAGGAAAAGAGCUGCUGCUACUCUUCACAGUAUGCAGGCUCUUUUUCGAGCUCAAACUGCAGUUAGGACUCAAAGAGCUCGAAGAUCUUUCAACAAAGAGAACAGGUUUAUCCCUGAGAUUCGGCCCCGAAAAUCUGCGGAACGGUUUGAUGAAUCAAGAAGUGAAUUCCAUAGCAAGAGGUUGUCAGUAGCAUCAUCCUACGAAACCUGCAUCAACUCAUUGGAUGAGAGCCCGAAAAUUGUCGAAAUCGACACCUACAGAACCCGAUCGAGGUCCCGUAGGUUCAUCUCCGCUGCAUUGUCCGAAUGCGGGGGAGAUGAUGUUCCACUCCAAACAAUCUCUUCGCCAUCGCCAUGUCCGAAUCGACCUCGUGUGCCCGAUUGCCAUAAUGUUGUUCUUCGUGACUUCGAAUGGUGCUUAAUGGGCGACGACUGCAAGUUCCCCACAGCUCACAGCACACCCCGGCUAUCGAAUUCUUUCGCUGCCUCCGCCAACGUGCCAGUCACGCCGUCGAAGAGUGUGUGCGGGGACAGCUUCUUCCGACCGUACAUGAACUACCCGAAUUAUAUGGCGAACACGCAGUCGUUUAAGGCGAAAUUGAGGUCUCAAAGCGCCCCAAAGCAGAGGCCAGAGCCAGGGUCCAAGAAGAAGCUCUCAUUGAAUGAAAUAAUGGCAGCAAGAAGCAGCUUAAGCAGUGUAAAAAUGCAGAGACCAAGCAAUCAAAUGCUCCAAGAAGAAGAAGAAGAGGAAGAAGAAGAAGAAUUUGGUUUUUGAGUGAUCUGUUAGUGAAAUGGAUCCUCUGUGUUUGUUUGUUUGUUUAAUCUUAAACAAAAAAUGGGAUAGAAGAAGUUGAAAUCUGUCUCAAAGCUUUGUUUUUUUUUUCUCCUUCCCACAUUUUACUGUUAAAUUUGAAUGAAUGAAUGAGAUAGAUACCAACAAAGGGAGCUUGUAAA